GCAGCUUCAGAGUUGUGGGUCUGUCAGAGAAGAUGAAGAGAACUGCCUGCUCUCCCCAUUGCACCCAAGGUGGGUGAGCACCUCCACCUUUCUCCUGGGACCUUUCCCGGGUGCAGGGAUGGGUACAUUUCCAGAAGAUGAUGCCCAGGAGGAACUGGCUACCCCCAGGAUGCCAUCCAGAAGCGCCACACUCUGCAGAUGAACAUGUCUGACAAGGAUCGAGCACCGGAACCUGACCUUCCACCACCAAAUAACAGCUCCCUCUUUUCCCGCUUGAAGGUUUGCUAAAGCUUUCCUCAUAACCCUGGAAGGCAGGUGGUGCAAGGGACAUUAGCCCCAUCUGACAUAAGAAGAAACUGAGGCACUGAAACGUUCCAGGAACUCUUGGUAUGAAGCCAGACCUGAGCACAACCAGUUGAAGAAUAAGACCCCAUCGCUGCCCUCAAGAAGUUUACAAUCUAGAGAAAGAAGCCCCUGCUGGCUGCUGAUCCUCAUUGCACACCCUGGUCUACACUGUUAACUGACCUCAGUCAGACCUGAGCCCACCUGCCACACUCCUAGGCAGGCAGGAUGAAUCCCUUCACGGACACCCUGCAGAGCCUCCGAGAUGCCUUUGGCUCUGGGAGAACCCGCCCAGCAGAGUUCCGAGCUGCCCAGCUAGAGGGGCUGAACCGCUUCCUGAAAGAGAACCGAGAUGCCCUGCUGGCUGCCCUGGCCCAGGAUCUGCGCAAGGCUCCCUUUGAGUCUGAGAUAUCAGAAAUCAGCAUCUGUCAGAGUGAAAUCAACCUGGCUCUGAACAACUUGCACAGCUGGAUGAAGGAUGAGCAUGUGUCUAAAAACCUGGCCACCCAACUGGACACAGCCUUUAUCCGGAAGGAGCCCUAUGGCGUGGUCCUCAUCAUUUCCCCCUGGAACUACCCUCUGAACCUCGUGCUAGUUCCUCUGGUUGGGGCCAUCGCAGCAGGCAACUGUGUGGUGGUAAAGCCCUCGGAAAUGAGCAACAGCGUGGAGAAGAUCAUUAGUGAAGUGCUGCCCAGCUACCUGGACAAGAACUGCUUUGCUGUGGUGCUGGGAGGACCCCAGGAGACCUCUGCCCUCCUGGAGAACAAAUUUGACUACAUCUUCUUCACAGGGAACCCCUCCGUAGGUCGGAUCGUCAUGUCCGCUGCCUCCAAGUACCUGACCCCCAUCACGCUGGAGCUGGGAGGCAAGAACCCCUGUUACGUGGACGACAACUGUGACCCCCAGAACGUGGCCAACCGUGUGGCCUGGUUCCGUUUCUUCAAUGCGGGACAGACGUGCGUGGCCCCGGACUACAUCCUGUGCACCCGGGAGACGCAGGAGAAGCUGCUGCCUGCCCUGCAAAAUGCAGUGACCCAGUUCUAUGGGGAGGAUCCCCAGAGUUCCCCAGACCUGGGCCGCAUCAUCAACGACAAGCACUUCCACAGGCUUCGAGGCCUGCUGGGCAAUGGCCGAGCAGCCAUCGGCGGCCAGUCAGACGAGCAGGAACGCUACAUUGCCCCCACGGUGCUGGUGGAUGUGAAGGAGACAGACCCCGUGAUGCAGGAGGAGAUCUUUGGGCCCAUUUUACCCAUCCUGAAUGUGCAGGGCAUCGAUGAGGCCAUUGCUUUCAUCAGGAAGAGAGAGAAGCCCCUGGCCCUAUACGCCUUCUCCAAGGACUCCAAGGUGGUGAGCCAGAUGCUGGAGCGGACCAGCAGCGGGGGCUUCUGUGGCAAUGACGGCUUCAUGCACAUGACGCUGACCACGCUGCCCUUUGGAGGAGUAGGAAACAGUGGGAUAGGUAUGUAUCACGGAAAGUUCAGCUUCGAUACGUUCUCACAUCAGCGAGGCUGCCUCCUGCGGAGCCCGGGCAUGGAGAAGCUUAACUCCCUGCGGUACCCACCCUAUGCCCAGCGUAACCUCGGGCUGCUGCUGUCGAUGGUGGACAUCAGCCGCAAGGGCCAAUGCACGCUCCUCUGAGCUGGGGGGCUGCCCCCCUCUCUCGGGCACCAGGACUCUCUUUCUGCCGUGCACCUGGCCCGUGGGUCUCAGCGGCAUGGUGGAGAUGAACUUGUAGUGAGGGCUACACAGGGGCAGGAGAUCCCUUGGACUUGACCUUCCAGCCCUACUGGCUGUCUGUCUGUACCUGGGGCAGAGGGGCCCUAGGAUUCCUGGUGCUGCCCAGUUCUAAGUAAAGGCCCUGUGGGGAACCCAAA